UGUGUGCGUGUGUCUAGAGAGGAGAGGCUUGGGUGACAAGCGCCGGGUGGGGGUAAGAGUUCAGCCUCACUCACAGUCUCAUUCACUGAUUUCUCCGCCGCUGGACAGAAGCUGCCUCCCCAGGCCGCUCCCAACUACUCCCGCACCUCCACAGUCCCCACUUCCCGCCACUCCACUCUCAGCCAGACAUUCUGACCGACAGACUCACGAGUUGGCAUCUUUGCGCCCGAGGGUGUCGCAAGCCGAGGCGGCGAGGACAGGGCGCCUCUGGCCCAGCCAGCCGGGCGGUAUGCGGCGCGGGCAACAGCGCUAAGCGCCCCCACGCUGGGCACGGGGCGUCCUCGCUCCAGGCGGCGGGCCGAGCGGCGGCGGCGGAGGGGAUGCGCCCGGGACGCGCAAGGCUCCUGCCGCGAGCUACCGCCCCGAGGUGGACCCCAAGCAGGGCUCAUCGCAGGACCGCGCGGACCCCUGCCCCCCGGGGCACGCGGCUGCGGAGCCUCGGGGCCGCAUCUGCGGUCAGGAUGCCCUGGGUGCCUCUCUGCUGGUGAGGAUGCCCUGCUGCGCGGCUUUGCAUCCCCAGCCCCGGUCCCUGGUGGGCACGACUGAGUGGGCCCGACUUCGGCCCGUCGUGCUGGUGGAUGAAAAGCGCCGGAGUCCCUGAGUGCGAUCAGCGAUCGAAUCUGAGUUCUAAGAGCCAUGGACGAAGGCACCGGGCUGCAGCCCCAGGCGGGAGAGCAGCUGGAAGCGCAAGCCACAGUAGGAGCUGUCCAAGAGAAGUGCGAACCAGAGACCUUUAGGUCCAAGAGUUUACCAGUCCUGAACAGCGCCUCCUGCCGGCCAGACCUGAGUCCUGCGCGUGCAGGAGCCAAGCCCGCCAUCGGCUGUACAGAUUCUUUGGGCCAUGAGGAGUUGAAACCAGGCCCAAGUCGGUUGGCCCCCAGUCCCUCUGCUCCUUCCACUUCGGCGGAGAUGGCAGGGCUCAUGGAAUGUAACCACAGGGUGGAAGUCAGCAAAGCCGUGUCGGUGUCCUCCACUUUGGCCACGCUCCAGGGGAGAAGGUGCCUCUAUGUGGUCCUCACUGAUUCCCGUUGCUUCCUGGUUUGCAUGUGCUUUCUGACCUUCAUCCAGGCGUUAAUGGUCUCUGGGUACCUGAGCAGUGUCAUCACCACCAUCGAAAGGCGCUACAGUCUGAAGAGUUCCGAGUCGGGGCUGCUGGUCAGCUGCUUUGACAUUGGGAGCCUGGUGGUGGUGGUGUUCGUCAGCUACUUUGGCGGCCGGGGUCGGAGGCCCCUGUGGCUAGCGGUGGGUGGACUUUUCAUUGCCGUUGGGGCUGCCCUCUUUGCUUUACCUCACUUCAUCUCGCCUCCCUACCAGAUCCAAGAGUUGAAUGCCUCGGCCUCCAACGACGGCCUGUGUCAGAAUGGCAACUCCACCGCGCCUUCCGAACCUCCCGCCUGCCUGAAUGAUUCAGGAGGAAAUAAUCAUUGGGUCUAUGUGGCUUUAUUCAUUUGUGCACAGAUUCUCAUUGGAAUGGGUUCCACACCUAUUUAUACCUUGGGACCAACCUACUUAGAUGACAAUGUCAAGAAAGAAAAUGCAUCCUUGUACCUAGCCAUCAUGUAUGUCAUGGGAGCACUUGGUCCUGCAGUGGGAUAUUUAUUAGGUGGACUUCUUAUUGGUUUUUAUGUCGAUCCCAGAAAUCCUGUUAACCUUGACCAGAAUGACCCUCGUUUCAUUGGAAACUGGUGGAGUGGAUUCCUCCUUUGUGCCGUUGCAAUGUUUCUUGUGAUAUUCCCAAUGUUUACUUUUCCAAAAAAGCUUCCUCCUCGACACAAGAAAAAGAAAAAGAAAAAAUUUUCUGCUGAUAUUGUUAGUGAUGAUGACGUUAUGAAGGAGAAGUCAAACAAUAGUGAACAAGUGGACAAAAAAGUUUCUUCUUUGGGAUUUGGAAAGAAUGUCAGAGACCUACCAAGAGCAGCUGUCAGGAUCUUAAGCAACAUGACAUUCCUUUUUGUGAGUUUGUCAUACACAGCUGAGAGUGCCAUUGUAACUGCUUUCAUUACCUUCAUUCCCAAGUUCAUCGAAUCACAGUUUGGUAUCCCAGCUUCCAAUGCCAGCAUCUACACUGGUGUUAUUAUUGUCCCCAGUGCUGGUGUUGGUAUUGUCCUGGGAGGCUACAUUAUAAAGAAAUUGAAACUUGGUGCAAGAGAAUCUGCCAAAUUAGCCAUGAUCUGCAGUGGUGUGUCUUUACUGUGUUUUUCAACCCUAUUUAUUGUUGGAUGUGAAAGUAUUAACCUAGGAGGCAUAAACAUCCCUUAUACAACAGGACCUUCUCUUACCAUGCCCCACAGGAACCUGACAGGAAGCUGCAAUGUUAAUUGUGGUUGUAAAAUACAUGAGUAUGAGCCAGUCUGUGGAUCAGAUGGAAUUACAUACUUUAACCCUUGCCUGGCUGGCUGUGUUAACAGUGGUAAUCUUAGCACUGGGAUAAGGAACUACACAGAAUGCACGUGUGUCCAAAGCCGGCAAGUGAUCACUCCACCUACAGUCGGACAGCGCAGUCAGCUCCGUGUGGUUAUUGUCAAAACCUAUCUCAACGAAAACGGCUAUGCUGUGUCCGGGAAGUGCAAACGGGCCUGCAAUACCCUUAUCCCAUUCUUAAUUUUUCUCUUCAUUGUCACCUUCAUCACAGCAUGUGCCCAACCAUCAGCCAUCAUAGUAACACUCAGGUCAGUAGAAGAUGAGGAGAGACCUUUCGCGCUGGGAAUGCAGUUUGUUUUAUUGCGAACACUUGCAUACAUUCCUACUCCAAUUUACUUUGGAGCAGUUAUUGACACCACCUGCAUGCUCUGGCAACAGGAAUGUGGAGUGCAAGGCUCUUGCUGGGAGUACAACGUGACAUCAUUUCGUUUUGUCUACUUUGGUUUGGCGGCCGGCCUCAAAUUUGUUGGCUUCAUUUUUAUUUUUCUGGCCUGGUACUCCAUUAAAUACAAGGAGGACGAGCUGCAGAGGCAGAGGUGGAGAGAAUUUCCUUUGAGCACAGUGAGCGAGUUGGUGGGCCACACUGAAAACACCAGUAAGGGUGCCCGGACUAGAUCUUGUCCAGCUUUCAGCAGCCAGGGGGAUUUCCACGAAGAGACUGGUCUGCAGAAAGGGAUCCAGUACAUAGCACAGACCUAUCCGGGGCCCUUCCCCGAAGCAAUAAGCUCCUCCCCAGAGCCGGGGCUGGAAGAAAGCCCUACUGCCAUGUAGCCUCCCUCCUGAAGCUUGAAAAUGGAAGACUUUAGUUUUGUUGGUUGAGUUGAAUAUGGCAACUUGAGAAACACCCGUGCCUUCUUUUCUUUCUCUCUUUUUUUAACCUCUAAAGACACAAUCCUCAAACCGACAAAACUCAGUAUACACAGCCACUAUUGACUGAGGGCUGGAUACCUCAACAAGACUGAGAGCCUUUGCCCCCCUUCUCUCCAAGAAGGAGGAGUUUAGAUAGAUUUGUUACCAUUUCCGCUAUGUUAAUUUCAUGCUCGUGCUCCAUUGUGGUAUAAGGCUGAGAGGUGCCUGGUUAAGAAAAUCACGGGAAGUGUCCUAGAGGUACAUAUCAUUACCAUACACUCCAAACAAAGGUGAGCUUGACCAUGACUUUGCAUUUACAAAUCAGAGUUUUUAGAUAUGAACACCUACUGUGAGUUCCGCUACAAAGCACAAAUGAAUUUGCCUCAACUAUGCAAUUUUGAUUGGGAAAAUGUAAGUGCAGCAUGUUACUUUUUCUUUCAAGAGACUAAAGCAGAUACGUUUUGAAAAGAGGACAAUAAACUUUCCCUAAAGUACUGUUAAUAGCGUUUUAAGCCAUAGCAGAGUUAUAAAUCAGGUAGAAUUUUUCAAAUGCUUCAAAGGAAUCAUAUGCAUAGUGUGACAAAAGGAACAGCUACUUUAUUUCAUAAGACACAUUCUCUUUUAGUCUGUCUGCCCCAUUAUAAGGUAAAGAGUCUGCUGAAUCAUAAAAUCUGAUAGCUUGAACAUAAACUCCAGUAUUCUUUUGCCAGGGGCUUUAAAACUAGUGUGCUAAACAAUAUGGCUAGAACCUAAUUUGAGAUGCAUCAUAAAGAGAGAAACUGAUGGCUUUCUCAUCCAAAGAAAAAUGCUGCAGAAAUUCUUUUAGCUCUCAUGGGCCCACACAAGGGUAGCUAAGAAUUGUAACCUUGACACUCAAAAUAGUUGGAAAAAGAAAUUCCACAGAGGUAAGAUUGAGUCCCAUCUGAUCGCUUUAGUUAUACGCCUGGAAACAGCAAAUCUGUAUCGUUUUCUUUCUUAUGUACAGAAAAUUGCCGUGGUUGCCCCCUGAAGUUGAGUAAUUAAAUCAGGAAACCUAUACCUGUGAUGUGAAAAUCACUCUGAAUACAGGAGGAGGGAGAUCUGUGAGCUAUCGGAGUACGAUCCUAAGUCAUGACUGAAAAUUAUUUAAAAUCAACUUGCCUGUCAUACUGAAUUCCACUUUAUCAGAGUUAGAACAAUUUUGCUUCUCUCUUUGAUUCCUUCCUCCUGUUAACCUUCCCGAAGCAAUUCUGCGAGAGGAUUUUUCUGUUCCUAAAUGCUCUUUGGGUUCAUUAUCCAUCAUCCUUUUCAGUUCCUCCCAGCACAUCCCUUUGACUCAGGUGCCACACAGAAUGCUUUCUCCAUGAUUCUGAAGGUAGAUGCUUCCCGACUGCACUCUGGACUGAUAGCAGGUUACCUCCUGACAUCUUGGCUGCUCAGAAAAAGAAUCCUUGACAACCCGGACUUCGGAGGGACUGUAAGGUCCAAAUACCAAUGUAAUUGUGAACAGUUUCUGCCAAGGAGCCUAUGCUUACGUAGGGGCUAAUUUGGGAACUGAUUUCCUUAGCUGGCUUACUCUCUUCCACAGAGGGGUCAUGACUGACGGAACUGCCCCAUGAUACAGGCUUUUUGCCCUUCGUCCUUGGAGACACUGGUGGAGUUAUGUGAACAGUUCAAGGUUGUUUUCCUCUCCACCUAAGAACGGUAUUGUCGAAUGGUUCUUUUGGUGGCAUGCAGUUUGUGGAGAGGGUUAUCGCUAUUAGACUGAAUAAUGUCUGUAAGGGGUUGAGCCAGUGGACAGGUAACAAGGACUUCCGUUGGAGUGGUCUCAUUUGGCUGAGUCAUAAGUCUGCUAUUGCCUCUAAUUACUCUGGUGUCUGUCCAACUUCCCUCCAUUUGGUAUAUAUUGAAGGUCUUCAGAGAAUAUUGUUGAUUAAUUUAGUGUCUACUCUGCUGCCUCAGGGUUCCCUUUUACUCUUUAUGGGAGAUCUUUGAUCCUUUAGAUCCUUUAGAAAGUUUCCUUUUGUGUUGGAGCUAAAGAUAUACAGGAUGGGGAGAGGUGGUAUUUUCUUAAUUCCCCUCUAAUUGCCAAAGAACUGCAUUGAGAGAAUUUGGGUGGGAUUAACACCUUUUUUUUUUUUUUUUUAAGCUAAGAGUGUAUGUUCCAACACUCUUAGAAUCUCUCUCUUCUUGGUAGUAUAUUUUGAAAAGGAGCUGCUUUCAGAACUCCAGGGUAGGAAGUGACAGACUCUUCACAUAUAAUUAGACAGUCCCCUUUCUCUACCCUGAACAGUCAUCCAUCCAGUUCAGCAACCAUCGACCAGUUCUCUAUCAGGCACUAUUUUAGCCAAUUACCAUCUGCUGCUCUGUGAAAGUCUUUAGGUUGACCUGCCAAAAUUCAAAGAAAUUGGCCUGAAUUGUACACCACAAUUGUUAAUAUUGUACUUCCUCAAGUAUGUGAUACUUACAAAUAGUGGGUGUAUCAUUAAUGUGUUGUUGGUUCAUGUAGAAUAAGUAGUGAAAAAUCACAGAAGACUGAAGUUUUAGAAUACGUACCAAUUAAGAAUUGUCCCCAAAAUGCUUUGGGUCCUGGCAGUAUCCUUGGAAUAUUACGUAGUCAACUAAAGUGACUGUUUUAUAAAUGGCACCAUUUAAUUGUAGAUAUGAGGUUCUUAUAUGUUUGUUACUUCAUGGUCACAGCUCCUAUUAUAAGUUUAAUUCCCACUUCCAUGAACUUAGGCUUCUAGUUACUUGUUUUGGAAAAAAGGUCACCUUGUUCUUUUAUCAACUCUGUAGAUUAAUGUAUUAAUAAUGUAUAACUAUUGUAAGUUUAAUUCCUACUCUCCAUGAACUUAGGCCUCUAAUUACUUGUUUUGGAAAAAAAGGUCACCUUGUUCUUUUAUCAACUCUGUAGAUUAUAACGUAUUAUUUGGCUUUAAUAUGCAAAUAUAAUAUCUAUGAGUCUAGCCUAUUAAUUUAGAAACACCCUGGGGGAAGGUAGGUGGUUGGAGCACAUUUUUUGUUAUCUUCAUUAGUAUGAAGUCCUUAUCCUUUGUAGGUAGAUUUAAUUCUUGAAAACAUUCAAAAGUCAUUCAGAACUAAGUUGGGGGAGAAGGAGGAGCAGAGAAGAAACAAAUUAUCUUUUGUGGAGUGUGACUAUUUCAGAGAAUUUUGUCAAGCACUUAAUAUACAUCAUUUAUUUUAAUACUGUUAAUAACUUUGCAAGAUAACUAUUUUUAUUCUGUUUUUUUUUUUUUUAAACAGAUCAUGAAAACUGAGGCUCAGAGAGGUAAAGAGAUUUGUUUAGGAUUGUACAGAGUGGCCAAGUUAGGGUUCAGAAGCGGGUUUCUGUCUCCAUCGCUCGCUUCUUGCACUAUAUAAUGCCUAAAAUGGUUUUGGUUAACAAAGACAAGUGUGACUAUAAUUUAGCGAGGUAAAGCAUUUCAUUUUUUGCUGUGUUACUGUUCCUGAAGAGUAGAGAAGUUAUUAUUCCUUUGUGUAGAAUAGAAAAAGAAUCUGUAGGAAACAUCAAAAUUUAAUGUUUAGAUUUUCGAGGUAAAUUUACAUUUAUUUAGCUAAGCGUUAUAUUCAAAGUUGUCAUAACAUACCUCAAGGAUUUAUUUAUAGUUCAUAUUUAAUAUAGAACAAAUCCAAUUUUGAUGUUAGCAUUGAGUCUCAGUAGAAUUUCUGAAACGAAUCAUGAGGAAAUGUGGUUCAGAUUUAUUGAAUCUGAGCUCUGGGGAUUUUAAGUGUAUGCUUUCUGUUUCGUGUUUUCCUCUUUCAGAAUGUUAACAUUUCCAUUAAUUUUUAGUGAAUAUGGGUUUUAAGUUUCCUAAAUAAAAGUUUCAAAUGAACAUACACAAAGUGUUCCAUGUUAAACGAGCGUAGACAAAACGUUACAUGUCAUGUACCAAACAGCUGGUGGGAUGGUUGCUGCAGUAGCUGCCCUGUGGUCACAACCGGGAGCAUGCACUUGGGGACGCAGCCGUCAGAGAAGGAGCAAGUCAUAAUGACCGUCCUGCAUUUUCACCAAACUACCAAGACAAUUCUUCCUCCAUCUGUAAUUCCAGCUUGCAUUCUUUGGUGGACGUGGAACCAGAAAGUUUCUUUUUGGAGCCUGUUUUGCAUCAACCAAAGAGCAGCUGCAUGGUUUUGGAAUGGACCUGAAGCAUUUGUGGAAAUUCUCGGGUGUGCCCAGGAGCAGUAGGAGAGCCCAAGUCUCGGGGCGGGGGGCGUGGGGUGGUGGGCAGCCAAUUAUACUUUUAGCCCGUGUGGACUUCAAACAUCCUCGAUGGUGCCGAAACACAAGUCUAACUAUUGCUAUAGAGGUGCAUCUGGAGUUUUCUAAGUAGCAGAUAGAUACCAAAAUACUGUAUAAUCCCAGAAUUGCCUAGACUGCAGGUUUGCUAGUUCUGUUCUCCAGACCACAGGUAGCCUCUCCACGUUGCUUGUAAUUCCUCUUUCCUGGCAUAGAAGGGCGUGCCGUGGCAGGCAGGUGAAGGUAGUAGUCUUGUGCACUUUAUCUUUUCCGUUUUCUCUCCUCUCCCCAUCUUCCAGGACGCUGCUGGCUGUGUCUGUCCCAGGCUUCUUGCUACAUUGGAAUCAGAUCUGUGUUAUGUUUGAACAGGUUCUUUUAAGCACUUCAUUUUUACUCAGCCCUAAGAAGGGUCAAAUAUGAUGAAAACCCUCCAUGGGUAUUUGCUUUUGCAACAUUAAAAAAAAAAAAAUGCCUCGGUGCUAAAAGUAUUUGAUGAUGCAUGCUCGCCACAAAAAUGCGCCACUGAAUUUACAGUGUUUCACUGGCAAGGGACUACAUGUGCUUUGCUUUUGGAAAUCUAGAGAGCUUCCCAGAAAACAAGCACUCAUUAUUCUCAUUACUACAGUUAAUCCAUGAACUUUACGCUGCAAACAUGAAGACUGUAAGGAAGAGUACCUUUUCUGUGGAAAACUCAGUGCUUUUGAUAUUUCUUUUAGCAAGAAUAAUCAGAUGCUACAAAUAAUUUCGGAGAGAGGGGAAAAUGAGUUCACAUAAUCUUUUCUUAUUUCUUCUCCAAAAAACUGACACCCUUGUGAAGUGUUUUUGUAAUUGGGGUUUGGAAGGUGUUGUCUUUCUCUGGUAUUCUAUUACAUGCUAAAAUCAGAGGAGAAAAUAUCCCAAACUAAAGUCAUUGCAGGGACAUAUUAAACCAAAGGGUUGAACAAACAGAGUUUAAACUUUGUAUCUAGAAAUGAAAAAUCAGAAUAAUAAGACUCUAUAGUGGGCAUUUUUCUUAAAAUACAUACCUCUACCCAAAACCCCAAAUGUUAAUUUAGAAGCAUGAAAUAGGCAAGUCCGCCUCUAACUUUUCAGUUAAAGGAGAUGUAAUACUGUGUCAAAUAAAUUGGCAUUAGGAUCCUGGUGGAGUGUGUGUUCGGUGUGUGUGUGUUGUGUGAAAUUGUGUUGGUGAUGAAAGGCCGUUUUGAAUUGUUACAUAAAGGAGUUUGAUUUUGUGAUUUUUACAAUGACUAUUUAUUUGGAGACUUCUUAGGGUAAUUUAAAAGAUGUUCAAUUUCCUUGUGUUUAAUGAAAUCUCUUGUCAAUGUACUAAUAAACCUUGGUUUACAACA